GUCCCUGAUAAUUCCACUUCACGCGAGCCGCGACACUUACGUCACGUCCGCCCGCCCGCACAAUGAUGACGUCACGACCCAGGGCUGGCGUCACGUGCCCCCCCCGCGGGGGGCGGCCCUUGAGGGCGGCGCUUCCGGUCGGUGGAGCCUGGUGACCGGAGCGGUGGUGGCGACGGCCGAGACGCGGGGAUGGCGGGCGCUGGGAGCGAAGCCCGGUUCGCCGGGCUGUCGCUGGUGCAGCUCAACGAGCUGCUGGAGGACGAGGACCAGCUGACGGAGAUGGUGCAGAAGAUGGAGGAGACGCAGAAUGUUCAGCUUAACAAAGAAAUGACACUUGCCAGCAACCGGAGCCUGGCAGAAGGAAACCUUCUGUACCAGCCCCAGCUGGACACAUUGAAAGCACGCUUGACCCAGAAAUACCAGGAACUCCAGGUUCUCUUUGAAGCCUAUCAGAUAAAGAAGACCAAAUUAGACAGACAGUCUAGCAGUGCUUCCUUGGAGACCCUGUUAGCACUUCUUCAAGCAGAAGGGGCCAAGAUUGAGGAAGACACUGAGAACAUGGCAGAGAAGUUUCUGGAUGGAGAACUUCCUCUGGAUUCCUUCAUUGACGUCUAUCAGAGCAAACGGAAACUGGCCCACAUGCGACGGGUGAAAAUCGAGAAGCUCCAGGAGAUGGUGCUGAAGGGGCAGAGACUCCCGCAGGCCCUGGCCCCGCUGCCCCCCAGGCUGCCCGAACUGGCACCUACCGCCCCCCUUCCCUACCCUGCCCCAGAGGCCAGUGGGCCCCCCACCGUUGCACCUCGGCGCAUCCCCCCACCACCACCCCCAGUGCCUGCAGGACGCUUAGCCACCCCGUUUACUGCGGCCAUGAGCUCGGGACAGGCCGUGCAGUACCCAGGAUUACAGUGCCCGCCCCUGCCCCCCCGCGUGGGCCUCGCCACUCAGCAAGGAUUCUCUUCACAGUUCAUGUCCCCGUAUCCGCCGGCUCUCCCCCAGAGACCCCCGCCCCGGCUCCCUCCGCACCAGCCGGGUUUCAUCCUCCAGUGAGCGCCGGCGCGGCCCUUCCCGGGAGACUCCUUCCGCCUGCUGUGUUGUGCUCCGCACGUGGGAGGGAGGCUGGAGGUCCACUCUGUGCCAAGGGCUCUGGGGCCCUAGGCCAGCGUGUCUGUCUGAUUUUAGAACUGUAGGUCAGUGGUGAGUAGUAGAAGCCCAGGCUUUGGGCAACGAGGCAGUUGUGUGUGCCGGGUUGCAGCCUGACACCUGUGCGUCGCAUUGGUUUGCAUUCUCCGUGUGAUUUCUAAGUAUCUUAGCGUUGAUGAACUCGUAUUUGAGAAGAAACAAGGCCUCUCCCCCAUUCCCAUUUAGAAUUUUGGUCCUUCCAUUGCGGUUUUAUUUAAUGAGCAUGGUUCAUAAUACUUAUUUUAUUUUCGAAAGUCCUAUGUGUCUCACCCACCGGCCACUACAGCCCUGGUGAGGGCAGGUGGGCGCUGGCCGGCCUGGAAGAGCGCCGUGGCCGGCCACCACCUGCGGCUGCGUUGUUGCUCACUGAACCUGCUGGGGAGAGGUCGUCAUAGUCCCCGCCUGACCUGGGGAGAGGUCAUCGUAGUCCCCGCCUGACCUGGCUGCUGCUCUUGCUUCAGAGCCACAAGCAAAGUUUGCACUGGGCCCACUGCCGAGUCCAGAGGCCGGAGAACGGCCGCCGGUGUGGGAGGGGACUGCACGAGCGGGACUUGCACAGCAAAUUGUGUCCCCAGCUCCUCCUCUCCCUCCUGCCUCGAGCCGGCCCUGAAGGUUUCUAUGAAGAAAUAAUCCCCCAAUAUUUUUACUAUGUGUGUGAUUUUCCUGUUUUAUAUUGAAAACACCUUUUUGACACUCCCAAGACCAUUCAGGGAAAUUUUUUUUAAAAUGCAGAUACUGUCUUGAGCAGAUUGAAAUGCUGAUGAAGUGGAUGUGAUUUCCUUCCGUGCAAGCAGUGCACGGUCCCACCCUCGGGUGUCCGUGCUGUGCCUUAGCUUCCCCAGGUGCCAGGACUUACACCUGCUAGGGGCUGGGCAGGGCCCCGGCUGUGCUCUCUCUGAAGGGCUUGUCCAAGUUCAUUGCCCUGUUACAGGUGGUCACGACGUCCGGCCACCUUGACCUAGGCUACCCUUCGCCAAUGUCCUCUGCCCCUGGCUGGCUGGUGGCUCAGGGUCGGCAGCGUUAGGGGUCUGGUGGAAGCCCACCCCAUGGGAUUGAGGGACAGGCUGCACUCCGACCGCCUGCACCUGCUCUUCCUCCGCCCCCGUGCGACCUCAUCUUCACGUGCCAUGUGUGCUGAGGCCCAGGGCCCAGCAGGGGGCAGUGGCACCUGUUGACAGAAAAGGCCCAGGUGCUCACCGGUGGACCUUCUGGCCCGCCUCUCCCCUGUCACUUGUCAGGCAUCCAGGGCCCUGACCUGUGCCUAGCCGCCAGGGUGACAGAAGGCAGAACUGAAGCGGGAUCUGUCCCAGUGGGCCACGGACCAGGCCACUGCCUUUUGUCCUCAGUGACUGUACAUUCCUGUUCUCGGACUUGAACUCUACUGUAACUGUUUUCUUAAAAGAAAUGAAGCUGUACAGGAUGAUUCACUGCCAUGCCAGUCAGGCGGGCUUGCCAUGUUCUGUGAAUCUCGAUUGAGCGGUGCCACCCGCCCCCAUACCUCCACCAGCGGCCGCUGUCGGGGAUGCCACAGCCUGGCCACGGUCGCAGCCAAACGAGCUCGGCAUUGGAGUUGUAAAGGGGCCCCUGACCGGGCUCGCCAUCGCUGUUCAGGGCCGUGUACGGUGCUGUGGCUGUAAAGCUGUAGGACCCUUUUUAAUAAAUAGAGAAUUAUUA